AUGGUGAAAUGGACACUUGGGUUAUCUCUUUUGACAUGUGGUUCUGAGAAGCCACUGCUCUUAUACCUUCUGUUUUUUUGUAUACACACGUUCUCACCUGCCCAUAAAUUCACUCUACCAGUAUUACUUUCCCAAAGUCUUCUUAGUCUUUUACUCUUUUUGUACCUUCACAAUGGCUCCACUAUCACUCUUAUGGUGAAGACCAGCAAGUAGAGGAAGAGCAAAAAGCCAUUUCCAUGACUAUCUCCACCGUAGAAGCUCGCUAUCUUGAUUCUUGCAAGAGGCAUGAGGUGCUACCCAACUCGGCAGUGUUAUCCUGGUUUUCUAAGGCCAAGAUCCAAGGCUCGCACCAUGAAAAGUGUAGCAUAGUGGUUUCAUUAGAGCAGCUAAAGGAUGCUGACGUGUCCCCAUUAAUCGAUGCAUUUAUGUCAAUUGAUUCCUGUGAUAUUGAUGCAGUUGACAUACUUCAGGAAUCACAUUGUACCUUGAGUAAAGAAAACAUUACAGCUUUGAUGCAUGCAAUCAAUCUAAAGCUCCGGAUCAUUGAUCUCCUGGAUAUGUCACUGAGGAAGGAUGUUAUAUGGGAUAUCUGCCAGAAUGGCUUGGCUUGUGAAGUUUUGAAUUUGAGGUCUCUCCAUAUCCAAAAACUCAACAUUGUUGGAAGAUUUAAGUGGUUAUACACCCUUAAUCUGGAUUUUUGUACUUCACUCACUGAUAUCCAGAGGGACUGUUUUGCUUGCAUGCCAAAUCUGAUGCAUCUCUCAAUGUGUGAGACAAGAGUUGCUAAUCUCUGGACAACUACUGCUGCACUAUCAAAACUUCCUUCUUUGGUAGAAUUACGCUUCCAGAAUUGCUUGUGUUGCAAGGACACUGGUCCAUGUCCUGCAUCAUCUGGUGAGAAAACUAAUUUUCAUGUUUGUGAGAGAAAUGAUUUGACUCAAUUGAAUAUGACUUAUUACAGAGAGGUGCCGUCUACUGAUGGUAGAGAUGCUACAUGUCCUGCUUUGAGCACAAAAGCAGUUGGGAACUCACUUUCUCUUGAUGAUUCAAAAACAGCUUGUAAGAUCCAGAGCAGAAUUAAUAGUUUUUCAGAGAAUGGUGAAGUCAAACUUUCAAGUUACUUGAAAGGAAUGUGUUUGUUAGAACUAUCAUCUACUGCCCUUCCUGAUUUGAACGGUCAGGCCAAAUCACAAACUAAGAUUCAAGACAAAGAUGGGUUUACUAUGAGCAUUCCUAAGCAGCACUUGACAAAUGGCACAUUGAACAAAUAUAAUUCUCAUCAUCCUUCACCCAUAUGCUUUGAAAAAAAUUAUAGGGAAUACAUGAUUGUUUCAUUGCCUCAUUUAGAAGUUUUAGAUAAUAUCCCUAUCAAAAAGAUGGACAGGGAAAUGGCCAAGACUGUCUCUUCAAAAUACUAUGAAUAUUUACCUUAUAAACGACAGCAGAAAGAAAGUGUUGUUAGUGUUUUGCAUAAGCGUGAAAUGGGAACAAGUGGUGUUUACUCCAAAAAACCUUUCAAGCCAAAACAGCUAUAUCCUUAUAGAAAUGGUCAACAUUUUUUCUCGAGGUCCCUCAGUGCUGCCAAACUUGGGUCUUCUGCUUGGCCUCUCUUACAUCCGUUGUCUAACUUUAGUCACACAUUUAAAGAAGAAAGUAAGAAGCUUCGUCCAAGGCAGUUUGAGUAUCAUCCAUCUAACUCUUGUCUUAUGGCUUUUGGAACUCUGGAUGGUGAAGUAGUUGUUAUUAACCAUGAAAGUGGAAAAAUUGUUAACUAUAUCCCAUCCAUAGGAGCAAUGAACAGUGUUUUGGGGCUGUGUUGGCUCAAAAGGCAUCCAUCCAAGAUUGUUGCAGGCUCUGAUGAUGGUUCCUUGAAGUUGUUUGACAUCAAUCAUAUGCCACCAAAAGUUGCAGAUAUCUAUUGCUGUUCUGCUUCAGUGACUUAUGAUAAUUUUGAGCAACUGACUUCUCUUCACAUCAAUUCGACAGAUGAUCAGUUUAUUGCUAGUGGGUACUCAAAAAAUGUUGCUCUAUAUGACAUCAGCAGUGGAAAACGUUUGCAAUUGUUCACUAAUAUGCAUCGAGAACCAAUUAAUGUUGUUAAGUUUGCAAACCAUUCCCCCUUUUUGUUUGCUACUUCAUCAUUUGACCAUGAUGUCAAGAUGUGGGAUUUGAGACAGAACCCAGUGCGGCCUUGCUAUACAGCUUCAAGUUCAAGAGGAAAUGUGAUGGUUUGCUUUUCUCCUGACGACCUCUAUUUGCUUGUUUCAGCUGUUGACAAUGAGGUUAAACAACUUCUGGCUGUAGAUGGGAGGCUAAACAUAAAUUUUGAGAUAGCUUCGUCAGGAAGUGCUCAUAAUUAUACACGCUCCUAUUACAUGAAUGGAAGGGACUAUAUUAUCAGUGGGAGUUGUGAUGAACAUGUUGUUCACAUCUGCUGCGCUCAAACUGGAAGGCGACUUAGGGAUGUCCAUUUGGAGUAUAAGGAGUCAGGAAAUCCUAUGUUUGUGCAUUCCUUAAGGGGCGAUCCUUUUAGGGAAUUUCACAUGAGUAUCUUAGCAGCAUCCACACGGCCAAGCUCAAAGUGGGAGAUCGUCAAGGUCAAUCUGCUUGCUUCCAGUCACAGUGCUGAAAAAUAUUCUUUUGAACAACGUUGCGGUCCUUCCUACAUUCUGGGAGGAUGAUGUAACUUCAUCAUUUGCUAUUUAUACCAGGAAGCAUGUAUAUAAUAUACACCUGUAUAUACAGCAAGCUGUAGAAAUUAAUGCGCAAUUUCUAUACCUAAAAUGAGUAAUUAUCUUUCUGGGAUAGGUAUCAUUAUUCAUUACAUCUUGUAUUGCUUAGUUUUGUAUGUGAUUGAUGUAUGUCCUUGUAAAGCAAACUGGCAUACUUGGUAGCAAAGUUAAUGGAAUGUAAGAUUUGAGAAA